AUGGAAGUUCGACCGCUGACCGUGUCCGUGGAACGUUCAAUUCUCGUCCUUAAGCUAUACUUCCAUACUUCUGAGGAAUACGAGUAUCACAUUCCCAACCUUCCCACAUCCACCCACACAUCCUACAAAAAAUACACCCGACAUCCCCCACAAACAACCGACAAAGACAAAACACCAACACCCAAAAAGCCACCUUCCAACACCCCACAAAGACACACGCACCCCCACACCCCCACAGAGAUCCCCCAUACCCCUCACCAAGACACCUCCCACACAAAGAAACCCACACCCCCACCCCACAAAGACCCCCACACCCACACCCCACUAAGACCCACGCCCACUAAGACCCCCACACUCCACUAA